AUGACUUUCCGCGGUGGGAGAAACACUCCAUCGGACAAACAGCUCGAAUCAGACCAGCCAAUUCCACUACAAUCCUUGGUUUCGGGACCCGCACUCGGAAAGGGCCCCACGCCGCAGCUUGCCCCGGACUUUUCUGCCCCUCCUUCACCCCACACGACCGACGACAGCACGACGGCGUCGCUCCCUCCACACCCCGAGCCCAAACUAAGACGACGUACCGACGAACCCCAUGGCCGCGGACUCGAGUCGACUGUGCCAGAGGCUGACCAGACCGAGACCGACAGCCCCAGCGACCCGGCACCCGAACCCAUGGCCAAGGAUCUCCCGCCGUUGUACUCGGCCGCCGGCCAUAGCAGUCCCUCGUACGGCUCCAUAACGUCGCGGCCCUCAGACGAAAGUCCCGAUGAGGGGACCACCACCCCGUUGGUGCGGUCUCGAAAGCCAUCAGAUGCGAGCCGAAACUCAUUGGGGGGGUUCGGGGUGCGACGGCGCCGUGAUGGUUCCCAGCCCAGGUCACCGACCUCGAGGAGGGCGCCCAGGCAGUCGGAGGAGCUCGGGGGAUCCACUACUAUUGGGGGCCUCGAGGGCCGAUUCGGCACCACGGAGACGCCACUGUUGAACGACCCGGCUAAGCAGCUAGAAGGCGAAGAGGAGGAAGACGAUGAACGGUCCUUCGUGUCCGACUCGGGCGCCGACGACGACGAAGAUCCGCCAGAUAAUUCACCCUACGCGCAGGUCCGGGCCUCCGUCUCCUCCACCGACAACACGAGCCUGUCGAUAAACACGCCCCGGAUGUGGGCUCUAUCUAUCCUUUUCUCCGUUCUUGGUUCCUCGACGAAUUUGUUUUUCGCUUUAAGAUAUCCCAGUGUCGCAAUUACGCCAGUUAUAGCAUUGUUAAUGGUACAGCCUCUUGGUCUCUUGUGGGACUAUUUCUUGAAACGAUCCGACGAUCCUCCGGAAGAAUAUGUCGAUGGGUUCCGGAGCAGCAACCCGCCGGUAGCCAGCUCUGACCCUCGCUCACGAUUCGUCCCCAUUGAGGGCAGGGGCAGGCUUGAUCGGAUCCGGUUAUGGCUUGCACAGGGCCGGUGGAAUGAGAAAGAGCACAGUUGCGUUUAUGUCAGCAGCAAUGUGUCGUUUGGUUUUGCCUUUGCGACCGACGUCAUCGUCGAGCAAACACAGUUCUACAAGCAGGAGGCUAGUGUCGUAUACCAGCUCCUGCUGACAAUAUCUACCCAGAUACUGGGAUACACCUUUGCCGGCCUGACGCGGCGCUUUUUGGUCCGCCCGAGCGGCAUGAUAUGGCCGGGAACCCUCAUGUCGGCAGCCAUGUUCACCACCCUCCACAAGGAGGAGAACAAGGAGGCCAACGGCUGGAAGAUCAGCAGGUGGAAGUUCUUCUACGCCGUCUGGCUGGGCGCGUUUCUUUUUUACUUUUUGCCGGGGCUGCUGAUGCCGGCGCUGAGUUACUUCAACGUGAUCACCUGGUUUGCUCCUGACAAUGUCGUCCUCGCCAAUCUGUUCGGCGUCGUCUCGGGAUUGGGGCUGUUCCCGUUGACCUUUGACUGGGCGCAGGUCGCCUACAUCGGUUCGCCGCUGCUCACCCCGUUCUGGGCAGCCAUGAAUGUGGUUGGCGGCCUCGUGGUGGUGAUGUGGAUUGUCGCGCCUAUUGCGUACUACAGCAACUGGCUGUACUCGUCGUAUAUGCCGAUCCUGUCGGCGGCCGUGUUUGACAACACCGGGAAGGUGUACGAUGUGAGCAAGGUGUUGACAAAGGACUUCAUGUUCGACCGAGAGGCCUACGCCAAGUACAGCCGCGUGUUCCUGCCCAUCACGUAUGUGCUGAGCUAUGGCGUGCAGUUCGCGGGAUUGGCGGCACUUUUGACGCACACCGCCUGUUGGCAUGGGAAGGACAUAUGGACGCAGUGGAAGCGGUCGCUGGAGGAAACCUCUGGGGAACAGAAGGGUACAUAUCGACCGGUGUCUGAGCCGAGUGAGAGAUUGACUGCAUCGUCUAAUGGCCGAGACCGGAGAGCAAACAGGUCCUCGAUGAGCAUCGACAACAUAAUGAGUCGCGAGGAUGUCCACAAUCGCUUGAUGAGGAGGUACAAGGAUGCCCCGAUGAUGUGGUAUCUUAUGACCUUCGUCUCGAUGACGGCGAUUGGCAUCUUCGUCGUCGAGUACUACCCGAUUCACCUCCCCUGGUACGGCCUCCUCCUCGCGCUCGCCAUCUGCACCAUCCUCUUCAUCCCCAUCGGCAUUAUCAUGGCCGUUACCAACCAACACUCCUCCAUCUACUUAAUCUGCCAGCUCAUCGCCGGUAUCCUCUUCCCCGGCCGCCCCGUCGCCAACAUGGUCUUUGUCACCUACGGCUACAUCUCCUCCGCGCAGGGCAUCAAGUUCGCCGCCGACCUCAAACUCGGCCACUACAUGAAGAUCCCCCCGCGCAUCCUCUUCAUCGUCCAGAUCGUCGCCACCGUCAUCUCCUCCAUCACCCAAAUCGCCGUCCUCAACUGGAUGUUCGUCCACGUCCCAGGCCUCUGCACCCCGCAAGCCAUCAACGGCUUCACCUGCCCCAUCGCCCGCGUGCACUUCAACGGCUCCAUCCUCUGGGGCGUCGUCGGCCCCGCCGAGUUCUUCGGCCCCUCCGCCACUUACCGCCCCUUGAUCUGGGCCUUUGCCGUCGGCGCCAUCCUGCCCCUCCCGCUCUGGCUCUACGCCCGCCGCCGCCCGCGCUCCCUCGUCCGCAAGAUCAACCUGCCCGUCCUCUUCGGCUCCCUCGGCUGGAUUCCCCCGGCCACGGGCCUCAACUUCUCCGUCUGGGCCCUUGUUUGCUACAUCUUCAAUUACCUCGUCAAGCGCCGCGCCCCGGCCUGGUGGGCCAAGUAUACCAUGACCAUGAGCGCCGCGCUGGACUCGGGCCUGGCGUUUGGGAUUGUCGUCGUGUUCUUUGGGUUUGUGUAUCCCGGCGUCGUGCGCGGGUUCAGCUGGUGGGGGACCGAGGUGUAUAAGAGGGGGUGUGACUGGCGGGCGUGUGCGUGGCGGACUGUGCCGGAGGGGGGGAGGUUUGGGCCGGAGGUUUGGUAG